CUUUUUUUCUUUUUUUUCUCUUCGAAAAUUUAAAUAUUCUCUAUAUAAAGGAAGAUAACAAAUUCUUUUAUUUUAUUUUUUUUUAUAAAUAACAACAAAAAAAAAUAAAAACCUGAUAUAAAUUUCACUGAUGGAUUUUGAAGGUUUACAUCAAAACAAAUAUGAUACAAAAGGUGGUGAUGGAACAUAUCAAGUACCAGAUGAAUCACCUUAUAGUGGAUCUGGUGAACCGUUAAGAAGAACAAGUACAGCUGGUGGCUAUGGUGAAACGUCUGGUAAUGCAGUGGAUAUUGAUGAUGCUAAAAGUGCUUAUGAAAGUAUACGACGGGAAAUGAGCCGACAAUCUAUCGCAGCAGCUGGUAUACCUGGUGAAGAAAAGGCUGAAGAAUUUGAUCUUACCGACUUUCUUACUGGUGCUACUGUUAGACGCGAGGAAGAAGGUUUCAAACCUAAACGAUUGGGUCUCGUUGUCAAAAAUUUGACUGUCAAGGGUGUUGGUGCUGAUCACGAAUGGAUUCCUACUAUUGCAACUGUAUUUGAAAAAAUAUGUUGUUUUUGGCGAUGGGGACGAAAAUCAGGUCAUGAUAAAACUAUUCUCAAUAAUAUCACUGGUUAUUGUAAACCUGGUCAAAUGCUUUUAGUUCUUGGACGUCCUGGUUCUGGCUGUACAACCUUUUUACGUGUUCUUUCUGAAAUGCGGCAAGGGUUUACUGAAAUCACUGGAGAUGUCAGUUAUGGUGGUAUUGAUUCUAAUGAAUUUAGCAAGAAAUUCCGUGGUGAAGUAUGUUACAAUGAAGAAGAAGAUUUACAUUAUCCUACUUUAACAGCGGCUCAAACACUUCGAUUUGCUAUUCGGUGCAAGACUCCUGGAAAACGACUAGCAGGCGAUACAAAAAAGAAGUUUCAAGAAAAAAUCAUUUAUCUUAUGGGCAAUAUGUUGGGUCUAACAAAACAAAUGGAUACUAUGGUUGGUAAUGAAUUUGUACGAGGUCUCUCUGGUGGUGAACGUAAACGGAUGACAAUAGCCGAACAAAUGACAACUGGUUCGUGUAUUAACUGUUGGGAUUGUUCUACUCGUGGUUUGGAUGCCUCUUCUGCUUUGGAUUAUGUUCGUUCCUUACGUGUACUAACUGAUCUUUUUCAAAAAACAACCGUGGCUACUCUGUAUCAAGCUUCUGAUAGUAUCUAUUCCUUGUUUGAUCAUUGUAUGGUUUUGGAUGGUGGUCAUUGUCUCUAUUUUGGUCCUACUGAUCAAGCAAAAUCUUAUUUUGAAGAUAUGGGUUUUCACUGUCCUUCUCGAAAAUCAACUCCUGACUUUUUGACUGGUUUAUGUAACUUUAUGGAACGUGAAGCUCGUCCUGGUUUUGAAGACAAGAUCCCUGCAACCCCUCAAGAAUUUGAAGAACGAUAUCGACAAUCUAAUAUCUAUCAAGAGGCUCUCAAGGAAAUAGCUGAUUAUGAAGAAGAAGUGGAACGUGAACGUCCUGAUGAAGAUUUUCGACAAGCCUUUGCUGAAGCUCAUCAAAAACAUGCAAGUAAACGAUCUCCUUUUACCGCCACUCCUAUGUCUCAAAUUAAAGCCUUAACUAUUCGACAAUUUCAACUUAUUUAUGGUGAUAAGGGUGCUCUCAUUUCUCGUUAUGGUGGUGUGAUUGUCAAAGGUAUUAUCAUGGCAUCAGUAUUUUAUAAUCUGCAACAAACAGCUACUGGUACUUUCUCUGUUGGUGGUCUUCUUUUCUUCUCUCUUCUUUUCAAUUCUCUUAUCGCUCAAUCUGAAUUGUCAACAUUUAUGCAUGGACGUCGGGUAUUGGAAAAACAUAAAUCAUAUGCAUUGUAUCGACCUAUGUAUUUUUACAUUGCUCAAGUGAUGGCAGAUAUCCCUAUGGCCGUUAUUCAAGUGAUCAUCUUCACAUUAUGUGUGUACUUUAUCGCCAAUUUGACUUUAACGGCAGGACAAUUCUUUACUUUUAUGCUGGUGUUGAUCUUCAGUAAUCUAUGUAUGAAUGGCUUCUUCCGAAUGUUUGGUAGUGUAUCUCCCAACUUCUUUGUAGCCUCACAACUGUCAUCUUGUGUUUUGAUUGCUCUCAUGAUUUAUACUGGUUAUCAAAUUCCUUAUACUCAAAUGCAUCCUUGGCUUAUGUGGAUUUACUGGAUUAACCCUCUGGCAUAUGCAUACAAGGCUAUUUUGGAAAAUGAAAUGCAUGGACAACAUUAUUCUUGUUUGCCUGCUCGGGAUCAUGUGCCCUCGGGACCCACUUACACCAAUCCUGCUUUUCGUACAUGUAUUAUUCAUGGUGCUCUCCCUGGUGAUACCUAUGUUCUCGGUGAUUCUUAUUUGGCAGUGACUUAUGGUUAUGCAUCAUGGCAACGUUGGAUCAACUUUGUAGCUGUGGUUCUAUUCUUCUUCCUUUUUACUGUGUUGACGGCUCUCUUUAUGGAAUACCUGGAACUUAGCAAAGGUGGUUCUCAAGUCAAGGUCUACAAACGUAACUGUGCACCCAAGGAAGAAACAGAAGAAGAAUUACGUGAGCGUGCUAAAAAUGCUGGUAAAACUAAAUUGCAAGCAAUGGAUACAGGUACGACAUUCACAUGGCAGCAUAUCGACUAUACUGUUCCUGUCAAAGGUGGCACUCGGCAAUUAUUAAAUGAUAUUGGUGGUAUUGUCAAACCUGGGCAUCUUACAGCACUGAUGGGUUCCUCUGGUGCUGGUAAAACAACUCUAUUGGAUGUAUUAUCAAAACGAAAGACAAUCGGCAAAGUGGAAGGACGCAUGUAUAUGAAUGGUGAAGUUUUACAUAGUGAUUUUGAACGUGUUACUGGAUAUUGUGAACAGAUGGAUAUCCACAAUCCUAAUGCAACAGUACGUGAAGCUCUACGAUUCUCUGCCUAUCUACGUCAACCUCCUGAUGUAUCAAAGCAAGAAAAGGAUGAUUAUGUGGAACAAAUCUUGGAACUCUUGGAAAUGGAAAAAAUUGCAGAAUCUUUGAUUGGUGACCCUCAAGGUAUGAAGGGUAUCUCUGUGGAAGAACGAAAACGAUUGACAAUUGGUGUAGAACUGGUAGCCAAGCCUCGACUUUUGUUUUUGGAUGAACCUACUUCUGGUUUGGAUGCUCAAUCUUCUUAUAAUAUUGUUCGGUUUAUUCGAAAGCUUGCCGAUGUAGGAUGGCCCGUGUUAUGUACGAUUCAUCAACCUUCUGCGACCUUGUUUUCUUAUUUUGAUCAUUUGUUACUUUUGGUACGUGGUGGAAGAACGGCUUACUAUGGACCUAUUGGCGAAGAUUCCAAGACAAUGAUUGAUUAUUUUGAAUCUCAUGGUGGACAAAAAUGUUCUCCUAGUGCCAACCCUGCUGAAUAUAUUUUAGAAGUCGUCGGUGCUGGUACUUCUGGACAUGCUUUACAAGACUGGGCUGAAGUGUGGGCUAACUCUAACGAAGCUAAACAAUUACAUACCGAAUUGGAAGAAAUUCAUUCCUCCAUCGAUCCUAAUUUAAAACGCAAUCCUCCUACGUACUCACUCAGCUUUUUCUGGCAAUUCUGGUAUGUUUAUCAGCGACUCAAUAUAUCUUGGUGGCGAUGUCCUUCAUACAAUGUUGGUCGACUCUUCAAGGUUAUAUUUAUUGCUCUGAUCUCUGGAUUCAGUUUUUGGAAAUUGAGUGAUUCGGUGGUAGAUAUGAACAAUCGAUUGUUCUGUAUCUUUACAACAUUGAUGAUGGCAAACAGUUUGAUUGUAUUAGGACAACCUCGAUUUAUGGAAGAAAGACAAUGGUUUAGACGUGAAUAUGCAUCUCGUUACUAUGGUUGGGCUCCUUUUGCACUUGGAUGUAUCAUUGUUGAAUUACCUUAUAUCAUCAUAUUCGCUGCACUAUUCAUGUUCUGCUUCUAUUGGACUGCAGGAUUACAAACUGGAUCAGAUCGUAUUGGAUACUUCUUUAUAUUAUUUGUGGUAUUCUUGGGUUUCUCUGUUUCUUUUGGAUUUUUGAUCGCGUCCUUCUCUGCAACGGCCACGAUGGCAGCUGUGAUCAAUCCAUUCUUCUCAUCGAUUUUGAUUCUAUUUGCUGGUAUCAUUCAACCUCCUGCCGAUAUGCCUUACUUUUGGCGAUCGUGGAUGUAUUGGUUGGAUCCAUAUCAUUAUUUGAUUGAAGGCUUUAUGGUGAAUGAACUAUAUCAACUCAAGGUGACAUGUCAUCCCAGUGAUUUACUUACUUUUAUCCCUCCUCCUGGUCAAACAUGUCAACAAUACGCUAGUACUUUCUUCGCAACUGGUGGUACAGGUUAUUUGACAGCAGAUUCUCUUUCCAGUACCACGUCUUGUCAAUAUUGUCAAUACUCAACAGGUGCUGAUUAUUACUCCCGCAUUGGAUGGACUUUUGACAAUCGAUAUCGAGAUUGGGGUAUUCUUUUGGCCUUUUGGGUUUUUAACGUCUUGGCAUUUGCGUUCUUUGUAUGGUUAUUUAGAAAACAAAAACGUUAAUCGUUUUUCUUUUAUUAUUUGAUAUUAUUUAUUAUAUUUAUUAGUUUUGAUCUUUAUAAUAAUAAAACACUUAUUG